GUUAUUUCCCCCUUUCCCCUGCUCCUUGCUUUGUAGUAUUCAACAGAGGUCGCCACAAGAGGCGUAGCACUCCAUUACCUCUCGAGUGUUUUAAGCUAAGUCGAAAGGAAAUAGUCACCCUGAAACGUUUUCUAAUCUCUUCAGCGGUUUGGUUUUUUUUCGCUCGCCAAAUAAAUUAAAAAACAUGGAUAGAUUACUCCAGCGCCUGUUGCUGGGAUUUGCAGCUGCACUUUAUCUUGUUACGCUUGCAGCAGCCUGCAAUGAUGCCAUCUGUGCAAGUCGAGUAAGUAAAUGUCAACUAAUCAAAUGUUGUGAAUGCGAUAUGACAGACAAAAAGAAUUGCACCUGUUGUAAUGACUGUCAGAUCUGCUUAUCUCGCCUUUAUGCAGAAUGCUGUUCUUGUGUAGGUUUAUGUCCUCCACCAGAUCCAAAUGAAGUCCCCUAUAAAAGUAGUUCAAUUGAAAUCCUUAAGGAUCCCAUUCCAGACUUGUUCAAUGUUUUAACAAUGGAAGAGGAUGUACUUAAGCGAUGGGCUUCUUACCACUAUCAAGUUCGGUCAGAUGCAAUCCAUUAUACAAUGGACAGACUUUCUGAAAUGGAAGCAGGAGUUGGAAUGCGUAGUCCUCAUUCUAUCGAGAUGACUCAGAAGGUUGAUAUGGUGAACUGUACAGUAGCAUUUAUGUCUCAGUGCACUUCCAUACGUAAAUGUAAAGCUUCAUGCAAGUCAAUGGGAGCAGCCCGAUAUCGAUGGUUUCAUGAUUAUGGUUGUUGUCAGUGUGUGGGCAAUACAUGUCCAGGAUAUGGUCUUAAUGAACCACGAUGCCUCCGUUGCCCUGAUACAGAAGUGGACAGUUUUGAGGAAGACUUUGAUGAUGAUUAUAUUGAGAAUGCUGAUGCUGUUGCCAACAAGAAGAAUCAGUUUGAUGAAAGCAGCUCAGAGAAUCGUGAUAAAGAACACAAGAAAAGACAUAAAGAGAAGUCUAUCAAAAGAGACAAUGAUAUUCCAGAAAUGAGCAAGGAAUCCAGCAACACACCAGUUGAAAAUGAGCAGACAUUGAAAGACACGAAUGAUGUUAGUAAAGAAAAAGAAAAGCUUAGAUAUUCCUCAGAUACUAAACAAGAUACAAAAUCUGGGGAACGGCUAUAAAUUAUCUCUUCUAAUUUCACCAUCUUUUAAAAAGUUGGUUUCUUUUCUCUUGACUCUAUUCCAACACAACCCCAUCCAUACUUUCUCCAUGUACACACACACACACUUCUACAUACUUUGUUGUAUGAUAUAACUUGCAUUCAUUUCUGUCUAGCAUUUGUUUUAUCCUCCACUUUGGGUUGAUCACAAGAGACAGUAUUAUAAAAAGGAAAUGGCAUAAGAUUUAAACAGAAAAAAAAAAUUUUCCUCUAUUUUCUUUUUAAUUUUUUUUUUUUAAGCUAAGAAUGGCUAAAGAGGCAUGAUAGCUAUGUGGUUAGGAAGCUGAACUGAUGGCCAGAUUGAUAAGACAUGGUUAAAAAUAUAAUCCAUACCACAGACAUUAUAUCCUUCAGCAAGGAACCUUACUCAACUUGCCUCAGCUAUGUCAAAUUUAGCUGACACACACAAAAAAAAAGAGAAAAAUAUAGAUACUAGUCCCACUUAAAGUACUGUGGUUGGUGUUAAAAAUGGAGCAACCAGUCUUAAAAAAAGAAAAAAAAACCCACUAAGAACAGAUGCAAAUUCCAAAUUUUGCUGGCUCAUUCAGUCAAACAAACAUUAAAGAAUGAACAGUUGCAUAUACACAUGCAUAUAUACCUGUCAAUGGAUGUUCAUGUGUGUAUGUGUGCGUGUAUGUAUGUAUGUAUAUAUUUUAAGUUAAAUGCCUGAUUUUGAGCUGUUGGUUAUGUACAGAACAAAAUGUGUGUCAAGGUUAAAGAAAGGCUAACAAAUGACCAUGGAACAAUAGUUAACCUGAUAAUUUCUUUGCAUUUUUGUUUUUCUCUUGGAAAACUGGAAAAAAAAAGAAGAAAAAUAAUAUAUGUAUAAAUUCUUGGAAAGUUUUGGCACAGUGUUUUAACUAGUAAAAGCCAAAAUGAAAUAAGAAAAUCAUUGAUUAUUCAAUGUUUUCUGACAAAUUGUUGUUUGUAAAUUUCUCCCCUUGUUUUCCUUCUUUAUAGAAUUUUUUUUUUUUUGUGACAUUGGCGAUGGCAAAAUUGAAAAACUAGAAAAACACAAACGUGCGUGAGAGAGAGAGAGCGUGUGUAUAUAAAUUUAUAUGUAUAUAUGUGUUUUAUGUGUGUAUGUAUAUAUAUAUAUAUAUAUAUAUAUAUAUAUAUAUAUAUAUAUAUAUAUAUAUAUAUAUAUAUAUAGGUAUGUGUGCAUGUAUUUGUAUGUAUGUAUAUAUAUGCACACAAAUAUGCACAUGCAUACAUAUAUCUAUCUAUACAUAUAUAUACACACAUACACAAAUACACAUGUUUACGUGUCUAUAUGUGUAAAUAUAUUUGUAACAAAUUUAGAGACACAAAACAGACCUAUUUUUUAUUUGAAUGCAUUACUUUUAAUCCAAAUGAGAGCAAAUUAAGUAUUUGUUUUUUAAAUUUAUUUAUUGGAUUGUUUUAAAUACUUGUAGUUGCACUAGUAAACUGAAGUUAACCAUUUGAAGGAAUUACAAAUUCUAAUCAUUUGUGCUCUUUACCUUCUAUUUUCUUAAAUACUUUUUACUUAGAACUAUAUGCAUACUUAAAUGUUUCAUGUAUGCUUGUGUUCUAUUUGUUUUCUAUCUCUAGAUGAAUUUCAGGUCAAAGAAUCUAUUCUCCUUCCCAGUUUUAAAUUUCAAAUUGAAAAAUAAUACUUAAAAUGUUUUCAUAAACCAUAAUCAGAAAGAUUGUGUGUGUUGAAAUUCAAACUCAAAUAGAAAUUCAAUUAAAAAAUAAAUUUUAAAAAAUUGAAAUGUAAGCUAAGUAAUAUUGGUUAGGCAUUCAAUUUUAGUUUCUUUCGUUUUUUCAUAUUCCUUCCCUGCUUUUCUCUCUCUUUCUGAGUUAAGUUUAUGAAAACUUCAAGUUUUGUCAGUUUGAAUUUUCAAGUUGAAAUAGAAUCUACAAGAAAAAUUAGAUUGCAUUUUCCAUUUCUAUAUAGGCAGUUAUCUAAUUUUCUUACAGACAAAUUGACACAUUUUCCUUUCACUUUAUACAUGUGGGUUAUUUUCUUUUCAUUUCUAAAUUUUCAAGAUUUGGUUCUGCAUGUGCUUAUAUUCUCUCCCCUCCCCCUCUCUCUCUCUCUCUCUCUCUCUCUCUCUCUCACUCACUCACUCACUCACUCACUCACUCACUCACUCACUCACUCACUCACUCACUCACUCACUCACUCACUCACUCACUCACUCACACACACACACACACACACACACACACACAACUUACUUUUUAAUAAUGUUAUCAUCACAAAAACAAAAAUGUGGGAGUAUUUAUUUAUUUAUUGCCCAUAUAUUUGUUUAAGGAAUUAAAGCAUUUUUAUUUAAGCUAAAACUUAAAGACACUGCAACAAUGUCUAGAAAGCCAUUAACUAUUGAAUACAAUGAUUUCUUCACUUCUUGUAUCAUGUGAUGGUAUUGGAAAUCACUAUUUGUGUGUAUGGUGUUUAAAAGUACAUCUAAAAUUCUGGCUUUGGGGACAUGCAUCCAUUGAAUGCCCUUUGUAUUUUUGUGUAAAAUGUUUCUGUUUGUCCAGCUGGAAAGUGAUUGACAGGCUUUCUUGGAAAGUGACCUGCUGUAAACUAGCAUUCUGUCCGCAAAAAGAAAUUCUCUCUCUCUCUCUCUCUCUCUUUCUCUCUCUCAAUUGUAUGCUGGCACUAUGAACAUCAAAAAAAUGCAUUGUUACUAUUAUUAUUUUUAUUUUUAAAAACUACAUGUAAAAUAUUUUAUAUCUCUAAUAGUUACAGAAUAUUUUCUUUAUUGUUUUUAGAUUCAUUUCAUUAUAUUCUAAACCUCUUUAACAGCUUAUAUAGUAUGAUUGUGUUUUAUAUAAAUUGGACAUUAUAUGAUAUUUUCAUUGCUGGUCAAAGAAAGUUACAGGUAUGUCUUUUUUUUUUUAGUUCACAUUUUCUGAUAAACAAUUAAAAGUAUAGAACUCUUGCUCCCUACAAUAAAGGUUUUAUUUAUU